AUGGACUCGGCUAUGCAGGCUGUUGCGAUGCUCAUCUCCUUUGCCCUCGUAAUGCCCGCGUUAGCGGCGGAAUCAGACAGCUACCCUAAUCCAGACGCACCUGUGGCACACGAGAGCCACGGGGCUCUGAUAGCCAUUGUUGUAGUCUUCGUCCUCGUCGUGGUCGCUGCAGCGGCCACGAUCGCGUUCGUCAAGAUCCGUCAGAGGAGACGGCGGAUAGCGAAUCCCACCGGUACCCAACCGCAAAUCGUCCAACUUGAACGCCGAGAUUCAGAUAGCAGCUCUAUCCCUCCAAUGAAACAGUUAGAGCCAGCAGUACUACCACCAGUUUGA